AUGAAUAUGGUGGAUGGCAUGUAUGGAUUGAUACACUUUCAAUAUUAUAUGAACGAAUAACUAAAGAAGAUUAUUAUCGAAAAGUUAAUAAAAUUGUUGAAAGUAUGAAAGAUGAUGAUGAAAAUGAACCUAAAACACCAGUUACUCCAAGAAAACUUAGUGAUUCACAUAUUCCAAUCGAUGAACAAAGUGUUUCAACACCUACAAAAUCAACAUCUAGUCGUCAAGUAUUUAAGACAAAUCAAUUACCACCAUUUACAAUAUCUGAAUUUAAAUAUUCUCCAAUGCAUAUUCGUCUAUUACAUAGUGUUUUUGAUUCAAUCGAAGUUGAUAUUCGUUUAUGGAGAUCUUCUAGUGAUUCAACUAAAUCAAUAACUGAAGCAAUAAAUAAUCCAGAUAAUCAAAUAUUUUGUGCUAAUCAUGAAAUUGAAUUAUUAGAAAAUACGGAAGGUUUAUCACCUAAAGAUGCAUCAAAAAUUAAAAAACGUGUUAUGAGUUUAUCAGAUUUAUUUAUACUUGCAAAUACGGGAAAUUUUUCUGAACUUGAACAAGAAAAAAGUAUGCCAAAUGGUGAAAUAUUACGACAAUGUCUUCGUUUAUCAAUGACAACUGCUGUACGUCAUUGUAUGGAAUGUCGUUUUCAAAAAUUUGAUUCAUCAAAAUUAUCAAAUUCAACAUUAACACAAAAAGAAACAUCAAAUAAAGAUCCACUUGAAAUUUUACAAGAACUUGAUGUUCAACGUUUACGUGCUAUUAUCUAUCGUGAUGUGGUAAGACCAGAUCGAAGGAAACCGAACAAAAAACGUUGUCGUUGUCGUGAUAAAUCAAAUAUCCUUUUUCUUUAUAUUAUUAUUGUUUUGCUUUAUAUCAAUGAUACAAAACAAUCACAAUUUUUAGCAUUAGCUAUUGUUUAUUUUGUAUCAGUACUUAUGGUAUCAAGAUAUCGAGAUAUAAUUGAAACAAAUCUUUCUAGAGAAGCAUCAAUUAUAAGUACAACACCUAGUAUUCGACAUGGUUCAACUAGUGAGAUUAAUGUAGAUCCAGCUAGUAUAAAUGAUUCGACAUCGAUUACAAAUAAUCAAAAGAAUAAUGGUGAAUCAGCAGUUAUUGAUGAUAAUAAUGAAAUUAAUAAAAUAAAUUCAAUCGAUAUGAAUAAUACAAGUGCUACUGAUAUUUCAUACGCAAGUAUUACUAGUAUUCCUACUAGUGAAUCAUCAACAAUAAAUAAAAAACGUGCAUUAUCAAAUAUUGCACCAUUUUUAUAUGAUAUAUUUAUAGAAUUUUCACAUAUUCUUACAAAAACAUUAGUUGGUUUACAUGGACAAGAAUUAUUACCAAGUGGUUUACAUGCACUUAAACAAACAGCAUCUAUUGUUGAAUUUGUUAUGUUAUUAUGUUCACAAGAAUGGCAAAAUUCUCUUCAAAUAAUAAAUAUUCAAAUAUAA